AUUCGAAUUUUUUUACAAUCAAGUGAAUUGUGAAAAACAAAGUUGGGUUGAAAAUCAUUUGCGGGAUUAUCUAAAAUCUUAUCACACAGCUCAUAUAACACAAAAAAUUGUAUAUUAUUAUUUUAAGGCAUUUUUUACAGUAGAAUACAGCAUUAAUUGAUUGAACUGAAGUACAAUACAUCCAUCCGAUUGCAACAAGUGGAUGGUAGCUUCCAAAAAGGCACAACUUUUUUUCAAUUAACAAUAAAGUGAAGUUAAUAAGAAGUGCUUCCGUACAGACCUCAUCGCGGACGUUUUGGAUUUAUUUGAAUAUUUUGACGUUGAAGAAAUGGAUUUUUGGGGUAUAUUGACAUUUAUAGCACUGACGGUGCUUAUUAUGAGCUGUUGUGGCUAUUGUUGCUCUUCAAAACAACGUGGAACCGUGUUAUCAACACCCGUUGUGGUGACCUCAACCACACACACAGCACCUGGCGGCUAUCCAGUUACACAAGUGCCGCCUCCCGCCGUUUAUCAACAGCAGCCAAUGUAUCCUCCUUAUCCAACGUCAGCAGGUGGUCCCGUUCAAAUGCCCAUGCCUAUGCCUAUGCCAGGCAUGCAUCCACCUGCACCUGGCAUGCAACCCUAUCCACCAGCAGUGCCUGCCGCAAACUAUAAUCCACCCAGUUAUGAUGCUGCUGUAGCCGGUGUUGGUGUGGCUCAACCGAAUACGACAAGCAACACAUACGAAAAGCAAGCACCCUAUAAUCCCAACUAUAAUAAUGCAUACUAAGGAACUGUGAAGCGUAGUUAGUUAUUUAUAUACAUACAUACAUAAAUGCGAAGAUAACUGCAAACGUAAUGCAGUAAUGCGAAAUAUACAUUAUAUAAAUAUAUACUUAUAUAUAUAUAUAUACAUACUUAUUUAUUAAGUUAGCCAUAUAAUGAGCGGCGCAUAUGUUGGUGCUGAUAAUGCGCGACAAAAAAACUUUGUUUUCUACCAAAUGAUAACAAUUCUUCGUGCAAUUGGUAGUAACUAUAAGUAGACGAUGCAAGCGCCGAGCACUGGUUAGCAAGAGAAAACUUGCGGUCACAAUUCGGAAAGGUUGAGCAGUGAAAGGCUGAGCAGUGAAAAUGAAUGAAUUAAAAAUUUUAGUUUGAAAGGAGAGAAAAAAGUGAAAUAAAAUCGGAUUAUAAUCUUUUUAUAUAAAUUAAAUGUCAAAAAACGUUAUGCAAAGUAUUCGUACGAAUUUGCAAAUAUAAGUAUAUUUUUUUUUUGAAUUUCAAAACAAUUUUGAUAAUUUCUUAACCAAAGAUUGUCGGUACAUACAUACAUUUAUACAAAGGUACAUAUGUAUGUAAUGUAUAUAAUGAAAUAUAUUAUAUUUAAUUGUAAAGUGACAAACGAGUUAUUGAAACCUUCUCCUUUAGUAUGAAAAACUGUUGUUUGCUAUUAGCACAAAUAUCCAGAGCGCAAUAUAAAUUUUGUAUUUUUACAGUUAUGAAACUAUAUGCAUUAAAAAAUAAGAGUCAUAUGCCAUUAACUCUCAUUGUUGUGAUAUAUAAAGCUAAAACUUAAAGUUACAAUUUCAAGAGUACCAUUUUCUCAUAUUACAUAUUAAAUUCCAUCCUUAUAAAUAUACGAAGAUUUAACGAAA